AAGAGUUAAGAGGGACCCGAAAAGCGAGAAGGAAUAGAAGGGAAGGAGACCAGGGGGUCGCGUUUCGACGGUGCAUAUUAAAAUGGCGGGAUUGAAAGUCAAGAGUAAGAAACGAAUACGCGCGAGUGGGAAGGUAACGUAACGUAACGGAGGAUAACGUGGCUCGUAAAACGCGGAACGUCGCGUCGAGCGGAUUAUUCGGUCAGUUCGAGACCGAGAGUCAGCCUUCUGCGAUUGCUGAAGAGGUGUUCACUGCUAGGUGUACGGUACGCGGGGCCAAAGAUUCGCCGACGGUGACGGUUUGUGCGCGCAUGCUCGUGUGCCAAACUACGAUUUACGUUAACGCUUGUUUAUUGCAAAUAGAAAUCGAACAAUCGAUCGCUUCACGGUUGCAGCAAUCUAUCGAUCAAACGCGCGCCCAUGGUGAACGUUGGAAAAGCAAAGCUACUUAACUUUGGCGCAAGGAAUAAGAAGAGGGUCGAGGAAAACCAUCUGACUUCUGUUGUGAUUUUUUUCCAGCAACGGCAAAGAAACUGCACUAGGCGCAAUUAUGCCGUAGCCCUGUUAAUCAGCGUGCAUCAAAAUUAGCCCAGUUAUAGUACAACGACCGUUCUCCUGCGUAGCGUCUCCACGAAACAAACAUCCGCUACAAAAACUUGAAGGUGUGCAUCGACCUUGCCCUUGAGACUUCUCCUAACGGAGAAGAGGUACCAUGGAGAAGAGGAAGAGCGUGGUGGCGUUACUUGGACUGAUUCUGUUCCUCAAGUCGUCGGACGUCGAAAGUGGCGGUGACGAGAACACGUACCCAAGGUAUUCUCAUCACAGACAAAAGAGGCUCUUUUGGAUAACCAACGAUGGUAGGAUAGCUCUACCUCCAGGGACGAUAAUGACGAUAACUCCGACGUUGGCGCUACCAUUCGUCAGAUACCCGCCCCAUGGUUUCCUUAGCAACAUGACCAUCAGCCUCCCCUUUACCAUCGAUUUCGAUAAGCUCGGUCUUACCGACAACGAGAACCCUUACGGCGUUUUGCCGUCUGCUUUUGACGCAACUGCGAGGGACCAGGGGCCAACCACCGCAGAGUUUAUCGCGGCGUUUGUGAAACGUGGACUUAGUAAAAGAGAAACCGUCGAGGACGUGCCAAAGAACGCUUUUUACGGGGGUGAGAGGGCCCUUUUGUACGGCACCGCUGAAGACAUGCUCGCCAAUUUCGGUUUAAACGGAAAGGCGUGUCUACUGAGAGCGAUCUGCGAGGUCCAGGGACACCCCUUGAGCAAUUUCGGUCUCAUCGGGGAAAUGCUCAAGCUCUUCUUCACCGCCAGCAAGUCACCAUUCUCGAACCUCCUAAAAGAGUACGUCGAAGCUGAGAACAGGGGAAAGUUUCACGGAGAGUGUUGGCCUUACUUCAAGGAUUGUCCAAAGUCGCUGUUCCGCGCGUCUGAGAAUAGAUACACAGAAGACGCUUUCCACGAUAACACUGUUUCUGGCGAAACAGCCGAGAAGGAUGAACGCGCUUUCCCUACAGGAUCAGCAGAACGAACGCGGGAGGAAGCUGAGCUUCCUUCGCGAGACUCGAAACACGCGAUGCACCCGUCUAUAACGAAACAGUAAGAAGCUGCGCAUUCGACUUGAUAGGGAACCAAAUACGCGUUUUACGCUUUAGUGGCCCGUUGCGGCCUGGGUCGCGUGCGUGCGACUUUCUAUCGCCAUAUUAAUUCUAGCAAUUUAUUCUUCGACAUCGCCUUGUCCACUGUGAAAAAAUAAUAUCUCCUUCAGCCGUUCAGAUUAUUUAGAUAAGGACCGCCGUCUAAGGCUUAUCACAUUGACAACUUUCAAUGUGUGUCGCGUCCCUAUGCGAAACCAAGGGCGUUAUGUAUAAUAAAUUUAUUUACAAUGCGUUGCCAAGUCUUGUAACAAGUAAUAAGUAUAAGUCGAUAAAGAAUCUCGAAUCAUUUGUGGCUAUAAUGAUUUACCCUUCUUUGACGGCAACCGAUAGAUAAUAAUAAAAUAAUCAUACAAAUAGUCAUCUAUUUGAUUCAUUCGUACGUACAGAAGUAAACGAAAUUGUCGUUCAUUUUUACCAAAGUGAAGUAUAUAGAAUUUUGCUUACUUUUCGUGAUCUGCAAUUAAAUUCGCCGUUGAUUAUUAGUCGCGCCAUCUCUGAUUAUAGAAGGGUAUUCCCCUCCGUUGUAGUUUACAGUGUCAUUACGUCUGAUUAGUCGAGUAGCAAGAUAAUGUGAACAGAUUGAAACGUGUCGAUUGCAAUUAGUAUUCCUCAGCUUUUUCUAUUUAGAAUAUAUAAUUGUAUUAAUAUGUAUGACGUGUAAGGUGUGUAUUUUUAUGAGUCAGUAUAAACCUAACCUUUGAACUAACGAGAAGCGUUUGUGUUAUCGUGUUAUUCGCAUAAAACGGGAUGGCUUGUGAAGCGUGUAAUACAAAGUUCAGUUUUUUCACACGCAAG